AUGAGUGCACCUCAAGGAGACGGAGGAGGAGGAGCAACGACGGGCAGUGACAACACGGCCAACAACCCAACGGCCAACAACCCAACAGCCAACAACCCAACAGCCAACAACCCAACAGCCAACAACCCAACAGCCAACAACACCGUAGCCAACGACACUGCAGCCGACAAUACCGCAGGCAACGUCACAGCAGCCAACAUCAACGCCGCUGACAACAACAACACCCGUACACCACCUAUGUCACACCUCGACGACUCUAAUGUCACUUGGGCUCCCAAGAAGCCCACAGACCCAUCAUCAUUCGACCCCCUAUCUUGGGUCCAUCGUCCGGCCGGUCCUGACACCUCGCCUUGCGAAGGCCGGUCGAGGCACGCCCAUGGCCAUGAUCAUACAAUCGGAGCCUUCUCCGAAGAGGAUACUAUGCAUGAAGCGGUAGAGGAGGAUAGUAGUUCAUAG